AUGACCGUCCGAAGCCUCCGGGAGCUGCUCCAUGCUACUUGCAUCAUCAUCAUCGUUUUCGCUGAGCUUGGCGAGAACAACGGGAAGAACCCGCCGGCCACCCAAGAGCCUCGGGAGGACGCAAUGAUUGGCGCGAUGGAUGCAUUCUCGUCCCUGUGUCAUCAUCGCGUGGCUCCAAAUUAG